UGUACCAUAAUCUACACUGUCGUUGAUGAAGCUUUGAUCAAAGGGUCCUCCAGCAUUCUCGUUACCUCCUCAAGUGUUUUUUUUUUCUCAUAAACAAGGUAACUUCUAACCAUUCUGAUUCCCUUUUAGUAUUUACAAGCUUGCAGGUUGGUCUAAUUGGGAAACCUGGAAACACUACUUGUAGUCUGAACAUAUUGAGUUCAGGUGGUCUUGUAUUCUAUGUGACGUAAAGAAUAGCAACAAACUAGUGCGAGUAGACAAAUUACUCCGUUCUCUAAAUUGAAAAACGGCACCACUUUGACCUACACGGUCGGUUUACGUUGAGUUCGAUUUAAGAUAUUACAAAACCGGUUAAGAGGUUUUCUUCUUGAAUAGGUUUGGAAUUGGAUCACCAGUAAACCGGCAUCGGCUUAGACUCUACUAAUAACGCGGGGAAAAAAAAGAAAACAAAAGGCUAUAAUUGGUUUAACUAAACCGGAUCGCCGACAUUUAGUAAGAUUUUCCAUUUUUUUUGGACAACAGAAUCGAAAUAAGAUUUUUCUUAUUUUAUUACCGUUUACGUAGAAUCCAAUCCAUCACUAAUUUGUUGACUUAUAUAUAUAUAUACUGAGAGAGAGAUCAGAGUCCACCGAUCACUUUGCUUUGUCCACACGCUAAACAAAACAAAAAAAUCACUUUGCUGAGUCUAUUUUUUCACGAACGAGAAUGGUGAAAGGCACAAAGAGGAAAGCUACGAUGGAGAAGAUCACGAAACGCGAAUCUGCGGCAACGACUUUCACGAAACGAAGCUUCGGUCUCCAUAGCAAAGUCUCACAGCUCUGUCUUCUCACCGGCGCACAGAUCGCCGUGUUGGCAACACCUCCUUCUGCCAACUCCAACGUAAGCUUCUUCUCCUUCGGUCACUCUUCGGUUGACUCCAUCGUUAACGCUUUUCUCACGGGAGAGAGACCUGCUGUCCGAGAAGAAAUAGAUGAUCACGAGGAGGACCUUGGGAUUUGUCUCGCAAGAAAAGAGUUAGGGUUGCCUCAGUGGUUGGAGGACGAUUCUCUUCUCAAAUCUAAGAAUCCCCAAGAACUGUCCCAUGCCAUCAACUCCAUGUCUAGGUUGUUGUCAAAAAUCAAUGAGUUGCGUGCUCAAGACGCAGAGGCAGAGCCUCCUCUGAAGAAACAGAAGAAGAAGAACGAAGAGACAACGCAGAAAACAGAACCCACGGUGCAACAAACCCUAGUUCUCCCGUCCGGUUCCAGUGACAAAACCCUAGAUUACAACAACAAUAAUGUUAUGAGAGAUGAGGAGCUUGAUCAGAUCAUGUCUACUUGUGAUAGUUUUGGUCUUCCACACAACAACAACAAUAACUCCUUGGAGGAGAUUGAUUUUGAUCAACUAAUUGAUCUGGAUUUAGAUUUUGAUUUCGAUUCUGACAAUAACGAGGCGAUGAAGAUGACAGAGCCCUUGGAUCAACCUCUCAUUCUCCCAUCCGAUAUUUGUGGCGCUCCAGACAACAACAACAACAACACCUAUUCAACUGGAGAGAUGAGCUUAGAUUACGGGAUUGAUACCAGUUCAGUCUUCGUUGAUGAUUCUCUUUUGGAGUCUGCAAUGAACUGCGUUGCUUCUGUUGAUGGCUUUGUGGAGACUAUUUCUACUCAAGAGCAGCUUCAGGAGACUACUAUUGCUUUGAACUCUGUAGCUUGUGAUGAUGCCUCCUCUGCUUUCAAUGAAGAUGACAUCAACUUCUCUGAUUUUCUCACUCAGUUUCUGCAAUAACAACAGUAUAUGGUUUAUUAGUUAACUUCUUUGUAUACUUACUUUUUUUAUUGUGUUUCACACUGAUGUAUGUAACAAAUGAAGGGUCUUGUUUGAUCUCUCAUCAGUUUUCCAUAUCGGUAGGGAAUUGAUCAGACUCAAACAGCUCACCUUCAGUUUUGGAUUAAUGGUAAGACUGUGUUCU